AUGGCUACUGAUCGAUCGAGGACGGAAGUUUCUAUCCAAUCUGACCGAGUGAAAGAUGUCACCAGUACAGACUUUCCUGGUUAUUACUUUGAUGAGGACAAUUCUUGGAACUUGGACAAAUUUCGCGAAAACUUGAAAGUCUCCGUCACUUCCUUAAACGAAGAGACAAUGACUUUUGAGCUUAGUGGGGUGGAUGCUUCUAUUGCCAAUGCAUUCCGAAGAAUUUUAAUUGCUGAAAUCCCUACAGUAGCUUUCGAAUUCACCUAUAUCAUAAACAAUACCAGCAUUAUUCAAGACGAAGUAUUGUCUCAUAGAAUUGGCCUUUUACCCAUCAAGGCCGACCCUGACAUGUUCAAAUGGUUUCAGCGACCUAUUCCGGGCCAGGAAGCCACCCACACUGACUACGAUACGGUGGUUUUCUCAUUAAGCAAGAAGUGCGAAUUCAACAAAGAAGCCGCUGCUGAUGAAAAAGAUCCCAAGAAACUUUAUAUUAAUUCGGAAGUUCUUUCGAGCGAUUUGGUUUGGAAGCCUCAAGGACGACAAGAGGAACGGUUUGCUGAGUCUCCCAUUGGUGUUGUAAACCCUAAUAUUGUAGUCGCUAAAUUACGUCCCGGUCAAGAAGUCGAUUUAGAAGCUCAUGCUGUUUUGGGUGUUGGUCAGGACCACGCAAAGUUUUCUCCCGUAGCUACAGCAUCUUAUCGUUUGUUGCCAACUAUUCACAUUUUAUCGCCUAUUGAAGGUGAUGAUGCUGCCAAAUUCCAAAAGUGCUUUCCCGCCGGUGUCAUCGAUCUAGAAGAUGGCCCUGAUGGAAAGAAGCGUGCCCGCGUUGCUGAUGUUCGUAAAGAUACCGUUUCACGUGAAUGUUUACGACAUCCGGAAUUCGCUGACAAGGUCCAGUUAGGCCGUGUUCGUGAUCACUUCCUUUAUUCGGUGGAAAGUACCGGAAUCAUGACUCCCGAUGUCUUAUUUUUGAAGAGUGUUGCUGUUUUGAAGUCGAAAUGUAUGGCUGUGAAAGCUAGCCUCGACAGUUUGGGCUCAGAAGCUGCUUAA